GCGCGCACUCACGCGCCACCGCGCGGCCUGCUCUUCUCCGCCUCCGACGGGCUGCCCGCCGCCGACGCCACCGGCGCCACGCCCGCCGCCGCGGACGCGCCGGACUUGGCCUCGCUCUCCGUGGACGGCGCCAACUCCUCCGCAGCCGCCAACCUUUCCGCGCUGCCCAUCUGCCCAGUGCUGCCGCCCAACCUCGAGGGCCCGCUGAAGGUGUCGCGCGAGUCGGCGUCGCUGGCUUCGCUGCAGGAGGGCCGCGGGCCGGCGUGGCUGCGCGCGCUGUCUGCCGGCGGGCACUUCCGGCCGGCGGGCUGCCGCGCGCGCCACCGCGUCGCCGUCGUCGUGCCGUACCGAGACCGCGCCGCACACCUCGCGCUGCUGCUCACCAACCUGCACCCCCUGCUGCAGAAGCAGCAGCUCGACUACCGCAUCGUCGUCGUCGAGCAGGCGGGAAAUGGUGCCUUUAAUCGUGCCAUGCUGAUGAACAUUGGCUUUGUGGAGGCUCUCAAACUGUAUGACUUCCAGUGUUUCAUCUUCCAUGAUGUAGACCUGCUACCAGAGGAUGACCGUAACCUGUAUACGUGCCCAGAGCAGCCGAGGCACAUGUCUGUGGCCAUUGAUGUCUUCAAGUACAGACUGCCAUAUGCUGACAUUUUUGGAGGAGUAAGUGCCAUGACACGGGAGCAGUUCCAGAAAGUGAAUGGCUUCAGCAACAUGUUCUGGGGCUGGGGUGGUGAAGAUGACGAUAUGUCAAAUCGCAUUCGUUUCCAUGGGUACCACAUCUCACGGUACCCAGCCAACAUAGCACGCUACAAGAUGCUCACACAUCGAAAACAGCGUGCUAAUCCUAAGCGCUACGAGUUCCUCAACACGGGUCGCCGUCGUUUUCGCACUGAUGGGCUCAACAGCCUGCACUAUGAAUGUGAGCGGACACUAUUGUAUCGCUCACACACACAGCUGCUUGUCCGCCUGCCAUCGCCUACUGCACCCAGCUGAUGGGCCGCCAACUUUGUGGGGCUUUGGCAUGGCUGAAACUGGAUACUUGGCUGUAUGCCCAUCAGUCAUCACGUGAAUGAGUCAGCACUUUUCUGAUACCUGCACAACUGACUGGAAGUAUUCUUGUGUAAUCUCAUCACAUUAUAAAACAUCACAUAAUAUUUCAUGGUACAGUCAACAUGUGUAUCACUGAAUCUAAUGGGUGCUUCUUUCAUUGAGUGGAUUUGAUGGAAAACUACUGGUUUUAUGGGAAGGUUUGUCCCCUUCCCUUGAAUAAUUUCCAUCUAUAAAGUUAGUUCAUGUACUCGCCUGAAACUUUUGAAAAAUAUAAUGCUACUAUGUGUAAUCACAAUCUUUAUCCCUUCAUGUCUUGUUCAUGUUUGUUUGAAUUUGUAAGCUUGUACAACAUUCUGAAAUUUCAUAUAGUCUAUGGGGAAUGUUAUUAAUGAACAAUAUUGCCCCAAAUUUGACUUUUACGGUGGAUUUAAAAUAUCCAGCUUUUUAAAUCAAACUAAGAAGAAGUCAUCAGGUUAUUUAUGUUACAGUAAUAGAAUCUGUUAAGCUAUUGGGUUGUGCGGAUUUUGAGUUUAAAUGAAAUAACUCUAUAGCUUUCUACUUUGUGUCUAUUGCAGUGCAAUAGUGUGCCGAGGAUGUUCACCACAAAAAAUAGUGCUUCAUAUUCUGUCAGAUGAAUGUUUAAUGGAUAAGCUAUUGAAUUCAUGAGACUGCCAUACCUCGCAGUUGUUAGUAAAACAUUAAUUAUUAACUGCCACAUUUAUACUGCAUGGUGCUAUAGUCUCAUCAGUGAUAAACCUCUGGACUGGUGUUGUUGAGACAGGUUGUGGUCAGUUGUAAUGUGUCGCAUAGUGGUGCUGAAUUUGUCGCCAAAUUUUCUGUGUACCAAAAAAACUGUUAUAGUUUUUCAAUUGAUUAUGUGUAGUAAUAUUAGCAUCUACCAGUGAGUAGCACAGAUACAGAAACAGGAAGUAAUAUUAUUGCUUUUGUGUAUGUAACUCCUACAUGAAGGAUUGCUCUUUUGCAGCUGGCCUGUAAGAGCAAGUUUGAAGACAUUAGAGUUUAGUCAAAGUUCUUGAGAACUGUUCAGGAACUGAGAUGAGAAUCUCCACUGUGUCAGCUUAAGAGUAUGAUUGUGUAGUAUAGAGGUUUUGCUAAUAUUUUCAGUUAGUGUACUGUGGAAGUGCUGUUUAAUCUGCAACUGUUUAUUGUCAGUGUGAAUAUAUGUGCCUUACAAUUGUAUGUUGGUUCUGGCAGUUUACACAUUCCAAAUCAGUUCUGCACAAAAUAUGAAAAACUAUUGAUAUUAAUAUGAUUUUCUUGUUAGAGCGUAAUUGCUACCUUCCAUAACCUAAAGAAGAUUGGUCUGUGAAACUGCUGAGAAUAUAAUUGUUAGGUAAUGUUGAUGUAAUUGCAAUGCAGGCAGUAUGUAACAAAGCAUGUGCAAAUAUUUGUGGUAGAAUGUAUGUAGUUGAAUUUCAAAAACUAGUCGGAGUGAUUGAAUGGUACAUAUCAUUUCUGUUGCUUGUUCUACAGAUUUUCUUUCUUGUGUGUGUUGUCCAUCUAUAUUCCUAUUCAAUUGAGUAUCCCAUUGGGACCAGUUCAUUGUUUUUGUUGUUAAAAUGUUCAAAAUUUGUCAUCUAAUAAUUAUAAAAAAAAUUAGAGGCCUGCAUAUUCUUGUGAUUUUUGUGAUAUUUUAUUUUUAUGUGAUGGUAAAUAUCUGUGAUUAAUAGUGGUUAGGGAGAUAGAACAGUUAGAAAUUUUUUCUAAGAAUUUUAUGUGUGAAACUCUAUUGUUAAUCAGAUGAAAAGCGUGUGGUAUCAAAAUUAUGAAGUUUACUUACAAUAAACAAUUAAGAAACAGGAAAGGUUUUCUUCUGAAAAUGAGGAGCUUACAUAUUUACACGUGUUCCAGAUAAAAUAAUUGUUUCAUAAGUAACAGGGAUAUUUUGUCAAUAAAUUUUAAUUUUAAUUGGAAUAAUAUCAGAACUAUUUUUUUAAAGGUGUUGAUAGUAAGCAUUUGACAUCUGUAAAAAGUUGAUACUGAAGUUGUAUGACAUGUUUGAGAAUUCGUCAAGAGGUUAAGUGCAGGAGGCUGGAAGAGUGAGAAAUCCAGCUUCUGUGUGAAUGAGUUGUAGAAAGCUAAACAUUCUCAUAUAACUUUCCUCACUACUCAUUCGGUACACAGGAUGAUGUGCUGAACUUCCCUUGUAGUCAGAGCAGAAAAGUAAACACAAAAUUAUUGGCCCAAAAAUAUUUAUAUCUUGUAAAUUGGUCUUCUGAUUUGUGGCAAAUUAUUUCUUAGAGGAAAUAAAAUAGAAACAUACUACAAUAUUAUGUAAGAAAAACAAUUCUUCUCAUGUCAUUGAAAUAAAUUCAUAUUUAUGAGCCUUAAAAGUAAAAUUGUUAACAUGACCCUAUGCUAUUGUAGAUUCCAGCUCUCCUCUCUCUCUCUCUCUCUCUCUCUCUCUCUCUCUCUCUCUCUCUCUGCAGGCAGGGAUCACAUGAAUGGUGAAUGAUUUGAAACAGUCAACAAUCAAUGAACUAUUAAUAAAAGGAGGCAAUUGCUAUAAAUGUGAAACUGCUCUUCUCCCAGUUGUGCAUUAUUCAGUUAAUGUUUACACACGAUAUACAUACCACUUACCAGGCUCCCUUUUUUAGCAAAUAGAGAACUAUAAAAAUUGCAGCAGACAGCAGUAGAGGGGGGAAAAACUUUGAACAUGCCCAGUGGAAAUUCUUAACAAAGUGUAACAUCACAGUGAAAUCAAAGCAGUCUUCCAGUUUUAAACAGAGUGAACAGGUAUUACAGAUCCCUUAAAAAGUAACAGGUGGUAUGCAGUAAUAAUUUUUGUUUUGAAUUAGUCUGUUUUAUGACCAUACUUUCUCAUUAGAUUCCAAUGAGAAGCAUAAUAUAAACUGUCACAUGUUAUAAUAAUAAUUUCCAUUACUGUUUGUUGUGAACAUUCAUUUCAGUAUAUUUGAUUUAGCUAGGUUUCCUGCUGAAAUUUACACUUCAUAAAUUUGUAAGGAGAUGCUAAAUGUAUUAUAGGACAUUGUCUUCUGGAUAAGUGCAGGGAUAUAAUACAUUUUUACAAGAGUUGUUUUGUAGGCUAUAUUUUAAUAUUAAUUUUAUUUCCUUUUAGUGUAACUGGAACAGUAUAUUUUUCAGGAAUUGCCCAUGUUGUCUUGCUUUAUCUGAAUGAAUUUAACAUUUUCUUCCAAACUGAAAUCUGAAUACAAAAAAGUUUCUAGGUAUUGAAAAAAGUGAAAGUGCAUUGUCGUAUCACUGCAUCAUACUAAAAUGCAAAUGAGAUGUCGGGGGGAAGGACGACGACAGAAGUGAUGCAAAUGUAUUUCUCUCAAUGCUCCUCCUUCCCCCUCCCCCACCCCCACUCCCCUCCCCCCACAUCUGGCCACUUCUCUGAAAAAAAGAAAGACAGAUGGACAGACAUAACAAAUUUCUGUGGACUUUGAAUUUUGAAGGAGUAACAGACACUUCACUUCUUUGACACACUUAAUUUAUCAAACUAAUUUAUGAUGCAGUAUAAGUUCUUACGAUAAAUUAAAAUGUCAGUUACGUUCACAAUAAUAAGUUACUGUCACACAGAUUCUAGCUACCAGUUUGUAAUCAGAUUUGUUUAAAUCUAAAAACCAGUUAAAAAUUCAGUUAUGGUUGUUGGUUAACGAUAAUAAAAUUUUACAUACCUGCAUCAUAUUCACUUUGCUGUAGCAUACUGCUAAGUAAAAUAUCAUUUCAUUAACAUUGUAAUUACCUGGAAGUUAGUCCAUGUGCAAUUUCAGGCAUUAACAAAACAUUUUUUUAAUAAUUAUAAGGCUGCUUCAUAAGUCAGAAAAAAGUUCCAGGUCAGUGAAUGAAAUUUCAUCUAUACAUAUUCAAAAUGUAAAUUAUUAUAAAUACAAAAUGAAGCUGGAGCAUAUGUAGCACCAUUGCAACUCAAACUUUGUAAAUAAAUGAGCUGGAAUGCUGUCAGAUAUAUGCUGUUUAAUUGCAUAUCAUUCUAAUUAUAUGAACAAACUGUUUUCUGUAAAAUGUAUGGCUUAGAAAUAUAUAUGAGGAGGGACUACUCUCCAACA